AUUGGCAAAGUUAGCAGAGGAAAACGAUAUGUCUGAAGCCGUCGUUGAAGAGCAGGACGCCUCUCGUUGUUCCAUUUGUUUGGAGCCAUUGAAGGAUCCAGUCACCAUUCCAUGUGGACACAGCUACUGCAUGAAGUGCAUCAGUGUUUUUUGGGACAAGAAGAGGAAAGAGUACAGCUGCCCUCAAUGCAGAGAGACGUUUACUACACGGCCUGUCCUGAAGAAAAACACCAUCUUAGCUGAACUGGUGGAGAAAAUGAAAAAGAGCAGUGCUUCUCAAACUAUCUCUCCUGCUCUUGCUGUUCCUGCUGCUGCUGCUGCUGCUGCUGUUGCUGCUUCGUAUGGUGGACCAGGGGACGUGGAGUGUGACUUCUGCACUGAAAGAAAACUGAAAGCUGUCAAGUCGUGUCUGGUGUGCCUGGUGUCUCUCUGUCAGACACACAUCGAGCCUCAUCUCAACAUCCCUGCCCUGAAGAAUCACAAACUGGUCCAGGCCUCCACACAUUUAGAGGAGAUAAUCUGCCCUCAGCAUAGCAAGCUGAUGGAGGUGUUUUGUCGUACUGAUGAGAAGUUUAUUUGCAUGUUGUGCACCAUGGAGGACCACAAGGGUCACGAUACAGUUACAGCAACGGUGGAACGGAAUGUGAGAGAGACACAGACAGCGUGUCUGAAGAAAAUCGAGGAGAUGGAGAAGAAAGUGCUGGAGGCACGGGAGACUGUGACAUUCCACCUGCGUUCUGCCCAAGAGGCAGAGCAGCAGAGUGAGAAGAUCUUCACUGAGCUGCUGGAGUCUAUUGAGAGGAGACGCUCUGAGGUGAAAGAGCUGAUCAGAGCUCAGCAGAAGGCAGCGGUGAGAGAUGCUGAAGAUGUUUUGGAGAAACUGGAGCAGGAGCUGGCUGAGUUGAGGAGAGGACACGCUGACUUGGAGAAGCUCUCGGUUGAGGAAGAUCACGUCAAUUUCCUCCAGGCUUUUCAGGCCCUCGAAUCCUCUGUGUCCAAAACGUCAUCCAGCAUCAGUCCCAGUCCACACGUGUCGUUUAAUGACUUGAUUACAUCUGUGUCUGCCUUGAAGAGCGGAGUGGAAGAGCUGUGCAAACAGGAUGUGAUGAAGAUAUCUGGAGAAGUGGCCAGUGUGGAGAGCGUUGUCCCUGAGGAGCCAAGCACCAGGGAGGACUUCUUGAAGUGUGAGUAG